AUUAGCCAUGCUUUAAGCAGCAUAGUUUUCCAUGAUACCAUCCUCCUCCGAGCAAUGACCGUCGAUGUGUCACGGACGGAGUAAGAACGAUUCCCACUUGUGUAUGUGGUCUGGUCAAGGAUAGGUAGAGAGAGGUUGCCGACAGAGAGUCGCGCCUUGGUCUGGCCUCUGCUAGAGCAGGUGACUAUGGCAGAAUCGAGGACUGCGAGGGCGAGGAAACAAGGGUAUGUCUCGGAGGGACGAGUCAAAAGACUGGACAUGACUGGGAAAACUCCACAGCCACCGCGGUGCUGGUGGAAGUGCCGUUCACAAGUUCAGCGCAAGAACUCGAUCCGUGUUCAUGCAAAGCCCGCGCGUGCAUUGGAGUGGCAAUGGCAAAACGAGUCGGAUGGUGGGGCAGCAAGUCAAUGGACAGAUUGAAGAGGAGGUUUCGAGCUUGGUUCACCAGCUCCGCAGAGAAAAGAGGGGGAGCUUAUGGAACAGCAGGCCACAUUUGGGUGGUUCACGAUGAUGGACAGGGAAAAGAUCGUGAGGGUUAUAAGAGUUCGCGCUCGUCCGAUGAAUUUCUGACCUGUUGUUUUUUUAUCUUCUCUACAUAUCAACGAGUUACAAUACAAAGGGUGUUGUUCCAAGCAAGCCUCUUCUGCACCAAAACACAAAAGGUACGUACCCCUCCUGCCCCUCACGUUUGUUGUUGUCAUCAUUAUCAGAUUGUCGAGGGGCUGGAUUGUAUUACUUGUUCGGGAGGAGAUUCUCCGAGGACUCGAAAUACUGCUGGUUGACUUUGUCCCUAAGCACACGAGGGAUGGAAAGGGCAUGGAAAGCUCCCUGUGACCGCCAUGUUUCUCUCCCUUCCCCUCAUACUCGUUACACUUCUCCUGGUGCCAAUUCUAUCCCACCUCCAUUCGUCGCUUGCCUCUGCCCUGACACCAUUUCUCCUCCUUUCAGACCCCUGCUCUUGCACCCAGUUCCGCAUCUUACAAGUCUCGACGUAAACUGACUAGCCUUCCCCCAGAUACAAAACCAGCUACCUUUCCACCCAAAACAUCCUCCUCAGACAUAUCUCAUUUCACUUUGUGUGUUUGAAGCUUCAAAAUGGUAUUUGCCCGUGUUGCUGCUCGCUCGUUGCCGCGAGCAUCGUCCCUCCUCUCCUCCACUUCCCCGCACUUCGCUCGUCGAGCUGCGGUGCCGUCCUUUCAACCAUCGUCAAUUGCCAGACGCACGCUAACAGCCACCGCUUCUCGCCAGGGCAAAGUUCUUUUGGUUCUUUACGAUGGCCAUGAGCACGCCAGAGACCAGCCUCAGCUCCUCGGUACCACAGAGAACGAACUAGGCAUUCGAAAAUGGCUUGAAGAUCAAGGACACACUUUGGUCACCACCUCAGACAAGGAGGGAGAGGGCUCUACCUUCGACAAGGAAUUGGUCGAUGCCGAAGUCAUCAUCACUACUCCUUUCCACCCUGGUUACCUCACCGCUGAGCGUCUCGCCAAAGCUAAGAAGCUGAAGAUUGCUAUCACCGCUGGUAUUGGCUCUGACCAUGUCGACUUGAACGCCGCAAACACCACCAAUGGCGGUAUCACUGUUGCCGAAGUCACCGGCAGCAACGUCGUGUCCGUCGCCGAGCACGUCGUCAUGACCAUCCUCCUUCUAGUCCGCAACUUCGUUCCUGCUCACGAGCAAAUCGAACGUGGUGACUGGAACGUCGCUGCCGUUGCAAAGAACGAGUAUGAUCUCGAGGGCAAGGUCGUCGGUACUGUUGCCGUUGGCCGUAUUGGUGAGCGUGUGCUCCGCCGUCUCAAGCCUUUCGACUGCAAGGAACUCCUUUACUUCGACUACCAGCCACUUAAGCCCGAGGUUGAGAAGGAGAUUGGAUGCAGACGUGUCGAGGAUCUCGAGGAGAUGUUGGCUCAGUGUGAUGUUGUCACCAUCAACUGCCCUCUCCACGAGAAGACCCGAGGUCUCUUCAACAAGGACUUGAUCUCCAAGAUGAAGAAGGGUGCCUGGCUCAUCAACACCGCCCGUGGUGCCAUCGUCGUCAAGGAGGAUGUUGCCGAGGCCCUCAAGACUGGCCAACUCAACGGUUAUGGUGGUGACGUCUGGUUCCCUCAGCCUGCACCAAAGGAUCAUCCUCUCAGAACUGCCAAGAACCCAUGGGGUGGAGGCAACGGCAUGGUUCCUCACAUGUCCGGUACUUCGCUUGAUGCCCAGAAGCGUUAUGCUGCCGGCACCAAGGCUAUCCUCGAGAGCUACUUCUCCGGCCGCGAGGACUACAGACCUGAGGAUCUCAUUGUCUACAAGGGAGACUAUGCCACUAAGUCAUACGGUCAGAGAAACAAGAAAUAAGCGACUGGUUGUUGACCAUGGUCUUGGCUGCCUCCCUUUGGCUAUUUCAGCAGCAUAAGUCUUGUUGAUCCAUUGAGUCUUCCUCAGGAGUCCAAGCUGGCGCGUAUAGCUAUCGGCACUGAAAGGCCAACGAUAUGUAUGAUGGGCAUUUGAGGAGCCACUUUGUCGUAUAUAUCACGAGUUUUAUCAUGAGAAAAUGUAAAAAGUCUACAAUUGA